UUUUAACAAUCUUCCCACUUCUUUGUUCCUGUUAGAGUUAGGUGGGGCUGCUCACCUUCUUUUUGGCAGCAUCCUCUCUCUGUCCCCCCACCCCUUCACUACUCUAAAUCCCCUGACUUGACAGAUAGGGUAGAAAUUACGAAACAAAGAAAGAAUAAAACAGAAUAAAUCACCCCCCAUCACUCCCACUUAACAUUAUAAACACAAUCUAAUCUCUUUCUCAUCUUUUACUUUUCUCUCAAGUCUCCCAACUCCUCAUUACUUACACAGAUGAAGACCAUCACCGCCAAGACCCCCCACGACUCUUCUUUCUCCUUCUCCAGGAGAUACUUCCACUGGAAAAAGAAGGCAGAGGAUGACGAUGACGAGGAAGAAGUCUUGACCUUCAGCUCCUCCUCACAUUUCUGUGACCAGGACUUCAAAGAUGCAGACUUUACGAUCCCCGCGCCUACACCCACGAAAAAGAAGCCGUCGGUUUCUAAGCUCCGAUCGGCUCUUGCGGUUUUCAGCAAGACCCGAAUCCGAACCCACCAUCAGUCGGGUCUGGGGACCCGAGUAAUCGGCACCCUUUUCGGGUAUCGGCGUGGGCACGUCCAUAUCGCAUUCCAAGAGGACGCCAAGCUGAAUCCCGCGUUUCUCAUCGAACUCGCGACGCCGACGAGCGUUCUAGUCAGAGAAAUGGCUUCCGGGCUGGUCCGCAUAGCCCUGGAGUGCGAGAAGCAAACAGACAAGAAGGGGAAGAAGUUGCUGGAGGAGCCGCUGUGGAGGACUUACUGCAACGGCAAGAAAUGCGGGUUUGCCAUGCGGCGGGAGUGCGGGCCCGAGGAUUGGAAGGUGUUGAAAGCCGUGGAGCCCAUUUCAAUGGGAGCUGGCGUUUUGCCAGGGAAUGGGAAUGAAGGUGAGUCCGAAGGCGAGUUGAUGUAUAUGAGAGCAAAGUUCGAGCGAGUUGUGGGGUCUAAAGACUCGGAGGCCUUCUACAUGAAGAAUCCUGAGGGUGCUGGAGGUCCUGAACUCAGCGUGUAUUUGCUUAGAGUUUAGAUUUGCCAUGAAAACACCUAUCAUUUUCAUCAUCUUUAAUUAUUAUGUCUCCCUUUUAUUGUAAAAAGUAUUUUCCAUUUUGAUGGCAACAUUAUAUAUAUAUAUGAAUAUAAUGUUAAGGUUGUGCCAUUGGUCAAGUGAUUUGAUAUUAAUGUAAUAUGGAUCGAGCUUCCUGAGAAUUGCAUACUUUCCUAUGUG